AUGUCCCUCCUCGCAGCCUCCCUCGCAGGCGCAAAGUACCAGGUCUCCACAAAUGAGGAGCGCGAGUCCUCCACAAACGGCGCAGCAGAGUUCCAAAGGCGAAAGAAGUGGCCCGAAGUCCUUCUUAAAGAGCUCGUGGGAUGUGCAGUCUUCUGUAUCAAGCCCAGUCUUAGUCCAGACAGUCAACAGUUCCAGAACGGCGAAGCCUGGAGCUGGAGGACCGUCUAUGCGUCCCCGUCCGUAACUGAAAUGCUCGGCAAAAGGCCCAAUGAACUUGAGGGCAAAGACUUUCUCGAUCUCGUCUUGUCCCACGAUCGUCCUCAGCUUGAAUCAUUCUUCAACACCCUCCUCGCCCCACCCCUUCUCAACAUCAACCCCCAAACGAUAUCCCCUCUUACCUCAACCUACCUCGGCGAAAGCCACACCACGUACAUACGCAUGAGUUCCCGUGCCCCCCCGAUCUCGCGCAGCAACUCGGGAACCAAUAGUGGGUACAACUCUGGUUCUUCCUACUACGGGACGCCCUCGGGAAGCGGGAGGGUGGAGCCGGUCGUUUGGGAGAUCAAAGGCCAUGCGACUGGUAUAGGAGAAGACCUGACAGAAGGGAGUGGAGGUGGGGAUACGUUGAGAAUGGGGGCGGACGGUACGGUCAUUCCUGGCGCUGGAGCGGAGAGCAGCGGUAAACACAAAGCCAUCUGGCUGAUGGGUCGCCGCGUUGGUGAAGGAGCUACGGACGAACAACAGUCCCACGACGCGUUUAUGGAGGUGAAGCUGGAGAAUGAGCGUUUACAAGCCGAAUUACGCGACCUCCAGAUAGAGUACGGCGUCGACCCAUCAGAAAGACUCUACAGGGGCGGGGACGCCGGCUCCGACGCUUCUUCUCCUAGAUCCGAUACGACAGAACCUGUUACAGACGUCAAACGGAAAGGCAAAGCUGGCCGGCCGCCCAAGUCUGGCAUCAAACCCUCCGCUCUCGGGUCUGCCAAGAAGCAGAAAGCCGCGGGCAGGGAUGGGGUCAAAGACGGGGAGACAAUGUACGUUUGUGUCACGUGUGGGAGGACGGAUAGUCCAGAGUGGAGAAAGGGCCCGCUGGGACCAAAGACGCUUUGUAAUGCUUGUGGGCUGAGAUGGGCCAAGCGUAACGGGGCCAACAACAAGAAACCUCCAAAGCCCUAG